GGUCAGGGCCAGCUAGCAGAGACCCAGCCCCUCGGUGAGAGCAGCACAGAGGCGUCCGGGUUUCCACCCCACACUGCCGACUGGUUCGAUAGCGGGACGGCAACGGACGGACUACAAACCGGGGAACGGCUGCCGUGCCUCCGCCUCAGCACGACUCCGUGAAAUGCUUGUUGUCGUUUCGGUGUUGCCGUUUAACGCAGGUCUGUUUUCGGUCCGCGGCUACUUCCUGGUGCCACAGAGAGAGGCAGUGCUGAGUUAAAGAGACAGAAAUACUGAUAGAGAAAAAAAACAGAAGAGAGGGGCAGGAGACGCGAUAGGAACAGUUGACUGGAUUCCCAGAAAUUGAACCCCCCCCCCUCUCUAUUCUUAUUUAUGCGUUUUUUUAUGCGAUUCUUCGUCGGAUUGUUAGCUAGCAGACGGUUUUUGGAUGACGGCGGGCUGCGGCUAAAAGCGGAAUUGUAACGGGGAACGUAUUCCUCCCUCCGACGGAGAAGCCUCGCACAGAUUUUCUUCUUCCCCCUCCUUUUUUUUAUUUUUUAAUUUUUAUUUCACGGCAUUCUGUUUUUUUACAACACCCCCCGGGUUGUUGGGGGUUUUAAGAUUUUAUUUAAAUUUUUUUUAUUUUUUAUUUUUUUUAACGUUCGUACAUUCGUCCACUAAAGGAAGGGUUAGGGCGACGGAAGAUGGGUUGUUUGGGUAACAGCAAGACUGAAGAUCAACGCAUCGACGAAAAGGCACAACGAGAGGCUAAUAAAAAGAUAGAAAAGCAGCUGCAGAAGGAAAGACAGGCGUAUAAAGCCACACACAGGCUCUUACUACUGGGUGCGGGAGAGUCCGGAAAAAGCACCAUUGUGAAGCAGAUGAGGAUCCUACACGUCAACGGCUUCAACGCGGAAGAAAAGAAACAGAAAAUCCAAGAUAUUCGGAAAAACGUGAAGGAUGCCAUAGUGACUAUAGUGUCUGCGAUGAGCACUUUAAUACCCCCAGUCCCGCUAGCCAACCCAGAGGACCAAUUCAGAAUCGAAUACAUCAAAAGCAUAGCACCACUCUCUGACUUCGACUAUUCACAGGAGUUCUUUGAUCACGCGAAGAAGCUGUGGGACGACGAAGGAGUGAAGGCGUGCUUCGAGAGGUCCAACGAAUACCAGCUCAUCGACUGCGCACAAUAUUUCCUGGACAGAAUUGACUCUGUAAGACAGAGCGACUACACACCAACGGACCAGGACCUGCUACGCUGCCGAGUGUUAACUUCAGGGAUUUUCGAGACGAGGUUCCAAGUAGAUAAAGUGAACUUUCACAUGUUUGAUGUCGGGGGCCAGAGAGAUGAAAGGAGAAAAUGGAUUCAGUGCUUUAACGACGUCACUGCUAUCAUCUUCGUGGUGGCCAGCAGCAGCUACAACAUGGUAAUAAGGGAAGACAACAACACCAACCGGCUACGGGAAGCUCUGGACCUCUUCCGCAGUAUUUGGAACAACAGAUGGUUACGCACUAUAUCGGUCAUUUUGUUCCUGAACAAGCAGGACAUGCUGGCUGAGAAAGUAUUAGCUGGAAAAUCCAAAAUUGAAGACUACUUCCCUGAAUAUGCUCGCUACACCAUACCAAAUGAAGCAACUCCUGAACCUGGUGAAGACCCAAGAGUGACGAGAGCUAAGUUCUUCAUCCGAGACGAGUUUCUUCGGAUCAGCACUGCGAGCGGUGACGGCAGACACUACUGCUACCCCCACUUCACCUGCGCCGUGGACACAGAGAACAUCCGGCGGGUGUUCAACGACUGCCGGGACAUCAUCCAGAGAAUGCACCUGCGGCAGUACGAACUCUUGUGAUGGGAGACCGUCGGCCUUCUGCGUUCUUCUCCACCAUCCUGCAUCCCGACAAACCCUUCCUCCUCCUCCUCCACCCCCAGAAGAACCUCCAGCAGCCCCCUGACCUCCUCCUGUCCAUGACUAUGAAGUACUACUGAAGUGUGUCAAAUCCUCUUCCUCUUUUUAACUUCUUAGCUUUUUCUACUUCUUUUUUCUCUCUCUCUGAGACGAUUCAUCCCCAUUUCACCGUGUAGAAGGAAGGUUGGGGAACAAAGUUGUUGCGUGCCGCUUCUUUAUUUGAUUUGAAUCCUUCCUUUUCGAAUGCCUUGAUUUUUUUGUCAUUCCACUAAGCCUUGGGCUACCUCCUGAUUUAGUUUUUAUUUUUUCCCCUUUGUGUCCGUCUGUUUUUUGGCUUUUCAUUGGACCUGGACUGGCGUCUGUGGAGGCAGAAACACACCGCGGGACCUCAGCGGAGAGGCAGCGAGUUCAGCUGUGUGGAAGUAGAUGUGUUUAUCCUGCAAGUAAACGAACCGCAUCUGAAAAUCACACGCAUGCUGGGAGGUCACUGGAGGUCACUGGAGGUCACUGGAGGUCACUAGAGGUCACUAGAGGUCACUAGAGGUCAGGUGACCGAGCUUUCAGAUUGACGGUUUGGUAGAAGUGUCGGAGAAACACAGCGGUUUGGCUGCAAAUGUCUCUAUUAUUGUGAAAACGCUUCAGGGAAAGUAUUUCUGGAAGCAUUUGAGGUGAAAAAUAAUCUGCCCUGGUUUUAGUUCACUGCUGGUUUAGACAUUUGAGGAACGUUUCAUGAUGCGUCGGAUGUCCGUACGCCGCAUCAAAUUUGCGUGAAGUAGAAGUCGAGUCUACUUUAUGCAAAUCAGCUGCAGGUAAACACACCAAAUCACAGCUGGAAACACACCGCAACCAGACCUCCAUGCAGCAUGCAGUGCGUUUCCAGCUGGGAUCCGGUAAAGUAGAGUCGACUUCGGCGUGCAGAGAUCCAAAACAACCUGAAACUUUCCUCAAACGUCUCAACAAACAGUGAACUAAAACCAGGACGGAUUAUUUCUGUUCUGUUUUUUUUCCCUGAAGUGUUUUCGAAAUAAAAGAGAAAAUUUGUGACCAAGCCGCUGUGUUUAUCCGAUUUAUCUGCUGGACUUUCAAUCUGAAAGCUCGGUCACGUGACCUCUAGCGACCUCUAGUGGCCGCCCAGCAUGCGUGUGAUUUUCAGAUGCGGUUCAUUCACAUGCAGGAAAAACACAGCUAGCGACACGCAGCUUCAGUGUGUGUGAAGACGAGGAGGAAUGCCGUUAGAGCGAAUGUCUGGCCUGCCGGUUAGCGCCGGCUUCACCACCAUCAUCUUUAUUUUAGUGUUUUUGUUUUUUUUUGCCCCCCAGCCCUCCGCCCUGGAGGGGAACCGAGUGGAUGAAGAGAUAAAUGCACUUUGCAUCAGGUUCCUUAAUAACUUUUUAUUUUUUCGUCGUUGUUGCUGUUUUUUCUCCAGAGGAAGCAAACACACAAUGUAGCAUCACGAUAUUUAUUACCCCGCCACCGCGUUAGCUUCAGAGCAGCCGAGAGACGAGUGGAGGGGGGCAGGAAACACGACGGAUUCUACAUGAAGGAAAAGGGACUGAGCUCUCUGCACCUUAGCCCUGCUGCCUCCACCACUCGGACCUGCCUCCUGCUUCUGUUUUUUUCUCUUUUUUUUUUCCCACACAAACCAUCCUUUAGCGUAGAGAAAGCGACGGGGAGGAGGGUGGGGGGACGGAGAGAAAACGUAUUGUUCUUUUUUUUGUUAACUUGUACACUGUGCAAGGUUGAAUUAUCCUGUACAGACUGUAAAAUGUAAUAUUAUUUUGUACAACUUAAUUGAAAGAAAAACAAAUCUACUUGUAGAUCUUUGUGCCUUGAUUAUGGCUGUACCUGUAAAUGAGCUCAGAUGUAAGUAUGUUUUCGACUGCGCUGUACAGCUUGAUGUCAAACUCUAUCGGCAGCGAAAGACUGCGGGUAGGGGACUUUCUCUGUAGAGUUUAGUUUUUUCUGGUUUAUAAAAAAAAGGAAAUGCUGUUUAGUAAAAAAUAAAAAAUAGGGAAAAAAUCCUAAAAACCUGUAUACAUUAUGCAAAUUAACCACUUACCUGCAGUGAAGACCAGAUGUUGCAGCGCCAUGCCUUUUUUUCUUUAUUUUUUUGGUUUUGUUAUAUUUUUCCUCCUUUUAUUAUUAUUAUUAUUAUUAAUAUUAUUAUUAUUAUUUUGAAUUUCACAGCUUUAAACAAACAUUGGAAAUCCAUUGAAAGUGUCCAAAUUGCAACCUGGUGUUGUUUUAAUAGGAACCAACGUUUUUUCGAUAUGAAGUGUGUCUGAGGUCUGUGCUGACGUGCGUGCCUGUGCGCAUGUGUACAUAAAACAAACAGACUCACAGACGCAUUGUGUGUGUGUGUGCGUGCGCGUAUGUGUGUGUGUGUCAGGGCGAAGUGCGUGUUGUGUGUAAAAUUUUAUAAAUGUAUGUACAUGUAAAUUUAUAGGUCUAUAUAAAUAUAUAUGUACAAUUAUACAUGUUUAAUUAUGUGUGUGCCUAGGUGUACAUACCUAUGUAUGUAUACGGUAAAUAUGUAUACAUACACACAUAGGAAAGCAUGUUUAGAAUGGAGAUGAAUAAAUGAGAGCGUGCAAUAUUAGUAAUUCUUUGGUCCUUUGGAGCCAUAGCGAUGGCACAGGCACUAUGAAUGUGUGAGCAGCACCCAACAAGACGAGCUCUUCUCCUUGUACAAACAGCAUCAGCCUUUUCUUCUGCUACAGUACACGUCUAUCCCCGAAAGAGAGUGAACUGACUGGAGGUGCAAAAACCUUGUUUGGCCUGGGAGGAUGAUUAAAUGACAUUUUUAUUUUCUUUAAAUAAAGAGGCACAUUAGAGGACUUUGCUUUA